AUGGUAUUUGUAUCAAGGAGUUAUACUUCUAAAGAAAUCGAGUCGAUACCAGAUUAUCUUUAUUCGAAAUUACGGCCAAAAUUUUUGUCUGGCUGUGUCGUCGAUAAAAUUUAUGAUGGUUUGAACGUUGGUCACGGAAUUUCUUUAUUUUUAGGCGGAUUUAAUCAUAAUACGCCUGUAAAUAUUGGGAACGAAAGUAUUAGAGAAAAGAAUGUGAAAUUUAGAUACGAUGGAUUCAAUGUUGAAGGACCAAGGAAAGAAUAUAAGACCAAAUCUGUUGGCAGAUGGACUAGUCCCGAGGAGUUAAAGAAUCAAUUUUUGGAAAUUUCAAAUGGAUGGUAUGAAAUAAGUAAAUUUCAAAGCGUUUCCAGCGCACCUAAAAUUUUUAGCUUGCCCAAGGAGUUAAAAGUUUUAAGGGAUAAUAAUAUUAGUCCGGAUCUAUUUUUCAUAAUUUCAGAUUCUGAACCGUAUCAAUUCUUAGAAUCUUUAGAUCAUUACUUUCCCAAGAGCAAGAAGGAAUCGUGGGGUACAAAACCAGAAAUUCUAAUUCUAUCUAAAAUCCGAAAAACAGUCGAUUUAAUUAUUCCUCUCGGCGUGGCAGUUACUUCCGAGACUUCAACUAUGUCUAAUUUACUUAUUGACCACCCAUCACUACGCCCUAUUAGCGAUCCGUUGAGAAUAACAAGGUGUCAAGGAAAUAUAAUAUUAGAACUUGAAGGGUUAAACCCAACAGAAUCAUUACUUCGGCAUUUUAAAUCCGGUGUUGAUCAAGAGAAUAAUUUUCUAUUAUCAAAAGAAACCGAGUUUUAUAUGGGAUUGUACGAUGUUAAUCAUGAAGAUGCCCUUCACGAUUCCGAAAUGGUGAUUAACAGAAUUUUAAGCGGUGACCCCGCGAAAGGUAAUAUGGCCAUCGAUACAACAAAAGAUUUAAAAAAUGGGCAAUAUGUUAAGGAAACAUUGUUCGGGGGGAAUACCGCUCACACAAAAUUUAGAUAG